GGUGUAACAAUGCUUUCUUGGUUAGAAGUUUUAGAAAAAGACUUUGACAAGAGCUUUGUAGAUUUAGAUCUAUUAUUAGGUCAAAUUGACCCUGACCAGUUCGAGCUAACUGUUGAUGGAAGAAAUAAAAUGACUUUUUUAUCCUCUGCAUUCGCGCAGUUGUCACAAAAAGCUCAAGCCAUUUUCCAAUCCAAUGCUAAAUAUGAGGCACAACUUAUCAGUUUACGAGCCGAUAUUUGUGAUGAAAGAGCUGCAAAAUGUGCUCUAGAAAAAGAACUACACAAUCAAUUGGUGCGGUUACAUCCUGAUCAGGAUGGGGCAAAUUCCGACAAUCAACCCAUCGAUGGUGAUAAGAAUAAAUCUAAACUUGCUUUGGAGAUAGAACAAUCUCGCCAGAGUGCCUAUCGAGAGUCUCGCUUACGAGCCGAAGUCGAAUUACUUAGGAAAGAAAAUGUAGACUUAAGAUAUCAUAUCGAUUAUUUACAAAGCGAGUUAUAUGCUGCUAGAUUGGCUACCAAAUAUCUAGAUAAAGAAUUGGCUGGGAGAGUUCAGCAAUUACAAUUACUAGGUAGAGAUAUGAAAGGCGCUCAACAUGAAGCUUUAUGGAAUCAACUGGAGGCUGAAAUCAAUCUCCAUCGGCAUAAAACUGUCGUCAAAACUUGCAAAAUGCGAAACCAAUCUAGCGAUAAGCCGGUUCAAUCUCCAACACCAGUUAAAGUACCUAAGCAUCAAAAGCGUAGAGGAAUUGGCCAAAUAAGAACUGUCCAAAUUUUUAAGGAUAGUUCUGAAGGAUUAGGGAUUUCUAUUACGGGAGGUAGAGAAUAUGGGGUUCCCAUUUUAAUAUCAGAGAUCCAUAAACAAACACCAGCUGAACGUUGUAAAGGUUUAUAUAUUGGCGAUGCAAUCCUAUCAGUGAAUGGCAUGUCUUUGAAACAUUCCAGUCAUGUUGAAGCUGUUCAUAUUUUAUCAAAAGCAGAUGGUGAAAUUCUUUUGGAAGUUGUUUAUGUCACCCCGGACGACUCCUCUGAAGACGAUGGUGUAUCAGGCGAUUCAGAA